AAAUCAACGUUCGUCUCCUGCGCAAACGGUGCCAACAGAAUCGAGGAAUAGAACCCAGAAAGCCAUGUCUUCCCUCAGUUCAUCUCUCCUUCAAGCUCCAACCUCUCUCUUCUCUUCGCCGCCGUGUUCUUCCACUCACAAAUCAUUCAAUUUCCAAUUCCCAAGUAUUUGUAGUAGUCGAAGGAGAAGAAGCUUCGUCCUGAGAUCAGCUGCUGAUGACGUCUAUGUCCUUGACCCACCACCACCACCUCCUCCUCCUCCGAGUGAAAAUAGCAAGAGUGAAGUGAUUGCUUCUUUGAAACUCAAGCUAUUGAGUGUUGUUUCUGGUCUGAAUAGGGGUCUUGCUGCAGAUGAAGAUGAUCUGCGAAGAGCAGAUGCUGCUGCCAAGGAGCUUGAAGCUGCUGCAGGACUGGUAGACCUCUCUGUUAAUAUUGAAAAACUUCAAGGGAGAUGGAAACUAAUAUAUAGCAGUGCAUUCUCAUCCCGGACUCUAGGUGGGAGCCGACCUGGACCGCCCACUGGAAGGCUACUUCCCAUAACUCUUGGCCAGGUUUGCUACCAUUCUCAUUUUAUCAUGGUGAACUCAUUUGUGACCUACUGAUAAACCGAGAUCCUAAGCUGUAUAUGCAGGUAUAUUAUGGUAAUUAAGCCAUUGAAAUAUGUGUUCCUCUGCGAUGUAUCAAUACUGACCAAAUUUACUUCGGUUAUCUAAUUUGAAGACUGGGAUUUUCUUAAAAAGUGUAUGAAUGUGAAUGUUAAGUGAUUUGGUUGGUAAGGCUUCCAAAGUAUCUCUCCUCAUAAUUUGUCACCAAAUAUCAUGCCUUUGAGCUUUUACUACCUGUAUUUCAGUUCCCAUCUUUCUUGAGCAAAAAAUUUGUUAAGAAUAUUAUCUGCUUACACCCUAUUGAACUUGUGUUUCUACUUAAUCUGAAGACUGAAGUGGAGUUAUAUUACACCUUUUUUCAGGUCUUUCAACGAAUUGAUGUCUUGAGUAAAGAUUUUGAUAAUAUAGUUGACCUUGAAUUGGGUGCUCCUUGGCCUCUGCCUCGAGUUGAAGUGACUGCCACGCUAGCCCACAAAUUUGAACUCAUAGAAUCUGCAAAGAUCAAAAUAACAUUCGAGAAAACAACCGUGAAGACCAAGGGGAACUUAUCACAACUUCCACCAUUGGAGAUACCCCGGAUUCCAGAUGCUCUGAGGCCUCCAUCUAAUACAGGGAGGGGUGAAUUCGAAGUUACCUAUGUUGAUACUGAUACCCGCAUCACCAGAGGCGAUAGAAGCGAGCUGAGGGUUUUCGUGAUAUCGUAACUCAUAAUUACAGGGAUGUGCAAUCUCUGUACCAUCAACCCCUCAAAUUCAAGCCAAGUCUUACAUAAUUUGCUGUCUCAUAUAUAAUGUUCUUGUUUUUGUUUUACCGUCCUUUUUUUUCAUCUUUGUAAACGUAUACACAACCCUGAUGGAAAGACAUUGCCAACAAAUUGUACAAAUGUAU